CCAGUGGAGCAGGAUCCCGGCUCGGCCAGAGCAGCAGCCGCCGCCGCCGCCGGAAUGAGCAGCCACCGCGUCGCCCUACAGGGCCCGGGGCCCUGGGGCUUCCGCCUGGUGGGGGGCAAGGACUUCGAGCAGCCGCUCACCAUCUCUCGGGUGACUCCUGGCAGCAAAGCAGCAAUAGCCAUUUAUGUAUAGGAGAGUGUCAUCAUGGCAAUUGAUGGGGAGAACACAGAUAACAUGACACACUUAGAAGCACAGAACAAAAUCAAGAGCUGCAUAGCAUCGUUAACGUUCCUGUAUUGCAGAGUGGAAUCCAAAGUCUGGUCCCCUCUGGUGACAGAGGAGGGAAAGCCCAAUCCAUACAAGAUGAAUCUGGCAUCUCAACCCCAGCCCUCAGCUACCAACUGCCUGCUGAUGUGGCUCUCAGACAUGGAGGGCUGGAAGGGAUCAGGAGAGGUCAUUGAGGCAGGGCCAAAACGAGCAGCUGUGGAUAGGGAUGCUCGUAGCAUGAAGAUCUUCGGCCUGCUGAGAGCUCUGUCCCAGCGAAAUAGGCACAUAGGAAGCGCACACAACCGAAGUGCUAUGCCAUUCACUGCUGCCACUGCUUCCAGCACUGCCCCCAAAGUGAUCACUGCCCAGUACAACAGCCCCGCAGGCCUCUACUCCUCAGAAAACAUCCAGACCUUCAACAGUGCUGUGGAGUCUAAGUCAUCUGGUGAUGCCCAGGACCCAGCAAGCCGUAAUUUGGAGCAACAUAACCAGCCCUCCAAUAACCUUGUCAUAGACAAGGAGUCUGAGGUUUACAAGAUGCUCCAGGAGACUGAAGACCCAAAGGAACCACCCAGGCAAUCUGCUUCGUUCCUGGUGCUACAAGAAAUUUUAGAAUCUGAAGGCGAUCCCAAUAAACCUUCUGGAUUUAGAAGUGUGAAACCACCAAUGACAAAAGUUGCCUCAUCGAUCGGAAAUGCCCAGAAGCUGCCCAUUUGUGAUAAGUGUGGAUCCGGCAUUGUGAGGGCGUUUGUGAAACUGCGUGACAAGCACCGCCAUCCAGAGUGCUACGUGUGCAGCGACUGUGGGACAAACCUCAAGCAGAAAGGACACUUCUUUGUGGAAGAUUGCAUCUAUUGCGAGACACAUGCCCGGGAGCGAGUGACCCCUCCCGAAGGCUAUGAGGUGGUCACUGUCUUUCCAAAGUGAAUGACAUCAUCGGCUCUGUAUUAUUUUCCUACACUACUGUUUUCCAAAAAGCAAGCCCCCCCUUGAACCUGCCGUGCAAUAAGCAAUGCUCGGCAUGGCUUUUCUUUUGCUGCCACAUUAACCCUCCAUCCGUUAGUCUUAGGUAGCCACUAAUGUUCAACACUUGCAUUUUUAAAAAUAUAGCUCUGACAAAUCAGUUUGGAUCCCCUUUUUGUACUGUCCAUCUUCCUCUUCUCCCUUCACUGUCGAUUGAGAUGAAAAUCAGAAGCCAAGCUGAAGCACAGAAGCUGUUGUGUCUCAGUUGUUUUUUCCCUUCUGUUUCAUGUUCAUAAACGUGAUGAAUCCACAAGACAA